AUGCCGGUUCAAGCACCCGUUUCUGAGCAGACGACAACACCUUCUUCCAACCAUGCCUCUUCCGAUCAUGCCACUACUACCAUGAAGAAAGACAACGAGCCUGAAGCAGAGGCAACAGCAGCAGCAGCAGCAGCAGCCAACAAUGACACGCCCACCAACAAGUCCAAGCUGGAGGAAAACGACGAUUAUAAAAGCACUGUGGCCGCUUUGAAUGUCCUGCGACGGCAACUGCAGCAAGCCAAUAAGGAUGUUGAAACACUUUAUUCACUUAAACAAGAGGCACUUGAUCAUCCUUUUCAGUUUUUGACCGAUCUCAAAGAGAAGAAAACGCGACGUCGUGUACCCAAACUUCAAAAGAUUGCUUGUGCACCUUCCGUUGACUGGACCAAGUAUCGAUAUAUUCCCGAGCAUCGGAUGAUGGAACGAGCAGCCAUGCUAUCCGCUUUGGUGCAGGGUACUCUUAAACAACCUCCAGUGUUUCGGAACGUUUUGGAUUAUCCAUCAUCUUCUCAUCUUCGACAAGAACCAUCAUCACCAUCAAGUACAGUGAGUCAUAUGCAGAGGGAAAUGGCACGGGUAUCGCGUAUUGUUGGCCAAGUCCCUUCGACACGUGCUUCCUCGGUGGAUCUUUCAGACAAGGAAUCAGAUGACGAAGGAGGGAAAGGACAAGCAGCUACAGGAUCCGAGAUGGGUAUGUUUUCUGGCAAAGGCAAAGGCAAACGGCGUAUGUCCACUACCCAAACAGGGCCCAUGACACCCAGUGACUUUAACUAUGGGGCUAUGCUAAGUGCCACACCUCGAAAUGAAAUGGAAGAGGAUACAAGUAGCACUAUGGAACAUCGAGCAGCUACCUACAAUCAACCAUGGACCGAUGAGGAGCAGCGUCGAUUGGAAGAACUAUUGGAAGUUUAUCCUGAUGAACCAGUACAAUCACAACGCUUCCUCAAGAUAUCCAAAGCUCUGGGGACUCGCACCACCAAACAAGUUGCAAGCCGUGUUCAGAAGUAUUUCAUCAAACUUGCCAAGCUUGGUUUACCUGUACCAGGGCGUGUCAGCAUUCCUCCUUCAAGCUUACCAAAGGCUAAAAGAAAGGUUACAAAGGUCAAAGGACGUGGAGGGGGGAAUACAGCAGCAGCAACAGCAGCGGCAGCGGCGGCAAGAGCUGCGAGAUCAUCAUCAACAUCAAGGACAUCUGGUCCUGGGUAUAAUGCUAUGGUGUCAGGAGGGAUCACAAAUACCAGGAUAUCCGGCACACAUUAUUUAACAGCCCAAGCACCCGCAGCUGCACUCAUGUCAGAUGAUGAGGAUGAUGUUAAAAAGACCAUGCUCAAGGUAGCCAAGCCUGACACAACUCCGACAGCCAACACCGAUACGGGAUCAAACAAUGAAGUGGCUAUACAUGAAGGCUAUGCAUGUGAUUCAUGCGGCGUGGAACCAAUUGUUGGUGUUCGUUACAAGUGUACGGUUUGCGAUAUCAGUGAGGAGGUUGAUCUUUGUAGUAAGUGCAUGGCAGUGGGCACUUUUCGCAAUGAUCAUCAUACACCUGAGCAUUCAUUUGAAGCCAUCCAUGUUGCCAAUGCUCUACCCUAUUAUGCCGAUACCGACUAUGACACCUCUGCCUAUCUUGGAGAAUACAGCUAUCUUGGAAUGUAA